GAUUCCCAUCUCUUCGUCUCGUCCGCUGUUCCAUGUUCCCGCUGCUGAGGCGCCGGCCUGCCGUUUUCUGUGAUUGCUUUCUCUUCCCUGAUUGAAUCCCGCCGGCCUUCUUUUCCAUGCACCAUGUCCUCGGCGGCUCCUGCGUCCGCCGUCCCUCCCCAGGGCUCCUCCAGUGCCCGUCAGUCAGCGCGCCAGACACGCACGAACCCAUCUCGCACCUCUAAGACCCUGGGGCGCUCGUCUUUUGCCUAUGGACACUCGUCCAUGGCAGACACCUCCCCUACGCCUCCCAUCCCCCACGGAUUCUACCCAGCGAUCACACAUUUUACCGAUGCCAUCGCCGCCCUACCCCGAGAAUUUCGGCGGCACAAUUCCUUGCUAAAGGAGGUCGAUGCGAAGGCCUGGGCCUUGGAGGAUAACCUACUCCAGCUACUCAAGACGUCUUCAGAAUCACAGGCCGUUCCUUUUCCUCCCAACCCGGCUCCUGUCAUUGCAGGGGCGGUGCGCGAGGAUCUCUUGCCUGCGGGCCUCCCACAACAACCCGAAUCCGAAGACAGCAGAAACCGUCGGGUUCUCUUCGAUCGCGUACGCCAUACCCUCUCGGACCUGAUGAUGACGGCGGAUGAGAAAAAUCAUGUGAUUUCCAAUGCAAACGACGAGUUGGAUCGUCAGCUUCUGCGUCUGGAUACUGUCUUCCCUUUUAUUGCCGGCGAGAUCAGCGACGAGGCACGCCUCGGCAGUCUCAGCCAUUGGGCCUACUCCAAUCGCAAUGCAGCGGCCAAGGCUGCAGCCAAUGAGCGCCCUCGCCGGGAAGCUGCUUCCAAUAAGGAUAUAGUCCAUGCUAUUCAGGAGGCAGAGGCUGCGUCGCGAAGCGAGGCUCGACGUGAAGCUGUCAUGGCCCGGCGACAGCGCCGGGCGCACGGUGAGUCGGAUCUGGAGGAGGUCCGCGCUGCCGGCGGUCGCAAGGGACAGUCUAGCAAGGCGCGUGCCACCGCUGCAGGUGAUGCGUCUGCCGUGGGGAAUGCGCAUGCGACCACCGGCACGUCGGGCCAGACGAAACGUCGCAAAGUCGAGCGACCGCCCCCCGUGGAUACUGGCACUGCUAUGGAGCGCUCAGCCAGCGGCAAUGUGUCGGGCAGAGCGGCCGCCAAAGAAGGGUCCGAUGGGACGAAGAAGAGAUCCCGGGCACCGAACACAAAUACGGCAGCCGCACGCAAAAGGAACAAUACCGGGGUCUCAGCCACAGAUUCGCCCAUUUUGGCACCAUCACCGGUUGUCGGUGCUGCUGCCAUCCCACGAAGCGCAGCCAGUCCAGGGCCAGCUCCCGCCGCGGCGCGGCCGCAGUCAUCACGGACUCAACAGAAUACCAGCCAAUCUGCCAAUGGUCGCCAAAGACCCUCAUCGUCGGCCUCGAAUCGUGUUAACAGCAACAAUAAAACAAACGAGGCGAGGAUCACACCUAAAGAAAUCGCAUCCAAGACCGAUGCUCUUCCUCCGCCAAUCCCCGAAACGAAGCGCCGAGAAACGGAAACCGAGCCUGCCGACGCAGCUGCAUCGAAGGUUCCCACUCCUGUCGGGACUAAGCGUGACGACACGGACGGUAAACCGACCGAAUCCAUUGAACAGCGGGAAACACCGACAUUGCCGCCCUUGAACACGGCACCCAAGGGACGGUCGUCAAAGACGUCGACUCCCGUGACGACGACUUUCUCCGAAACCACCACCCAGCAGCGUGUACGUGCCACACGCAGUACAGACCCUGCACCGGCCAAGCGGUCACAGAAGAAGAAUGGCAGUACGCCUGUGGUGCAGCCGAGGGCACCAUCCGAGGAGGAAGAAUCCCUUCACGAAGGGGAUGACGAGGAUGAGGAAGGCGAGCCGCGGUACUGCUACUGCAACGAAAUCAGUUUCGGCGAGAUGGUUGCGUGUGACAACGACGCAUGUCCGCGUGAAUGGUUCCAUUUGUCCUGCGUUGGGUUGACAAAGCCACCCGGCAAGAAUGUCAAAUGGUAUUGCGAUGAGUGUCUUCAAAACCUGCGCCGCAGUCGAAGCGGACGGUAGACGCGGACGACGAUAACGAAGCGACAACAGACCAUCAACUGCGUGGUUUUCUAAUUGAUCAAUGUUCGGAGUAAAUAUAUAGACUUGUCCAAUCUAUUUUUUUCAACUGGUUAA